GUCACGUUUCCGUCCAAUCGUCCAUUUUCACGUUAUCGCACAUGGUGCCGCACCGGCCGAGGACCGCCAGCCUCUUAAUUUCCCUGAUUCUGCUUUGUGGUGGAGUGAAAUCCGUCUUUUAGUCGUGAUAAAUGCAAGAAACGGUGGAUAUGGUGGACGACCCAGAGUAUGAAGAGGAAGAGCCCUCCUUCAGCGAUCCAGAGGACUUCGAGGAUGACGUCGAGGAUGAGGAGCUCCUGGAAGACAUCCUGAGGGAAAAGCCCCAAGAGGCUGACGGCAUCGACUCGGUGGUGGUGGUGGAUAACGUCCCUCAGGUUGGCCCGGAGCGUUUAGAGAAACUCAAAAACGUCAUCCACAAGAUUUUCUCCAAAUUCGGUAAAAUCAACACUGAGUUCUAUCCGGAGGCUGAAGGCUUGACCAAAGGGUACAUCUUCUUGGAGUAUGCCGCUCCUACUCAGGCUCUGGAGGCGGUGAAGAACGCAGAUGGGUACAAACUUGACAAACAGCAUACAUUCAGGGUCAACCUCUUCACUGACUUUGACAAGUACAUGAACAUCAGUGAUGAGUGGGUAACUCCGGAGAAGCAGCCUUUCAAAGACUUUGGCAACAUGCGCCACUGGAUCGAGGACCCAGACUGCCGUGACCAAUUCAGUGUGAUCUACGAAGCUGGAGAGAGGACGGCCAUCUUUAACAAUGAUGCAAAGGACGCGAUCAUAGUUGAAGAGAGAGCGCGCUGGACAGAGACGUACGUGCGCUGGUCUCCUAAAGGCACCUACCUGGCCACCUUCCAUCAAAGGGGCAUUGCAUUGUGGGGCGGUGAGAAGUUCAAGCAGAUUCAGAGGUUCAGCCAUCAGGGUGUUUCCCUCAUCGACUUCUCACCAUGUGAGAGGUAUGUGGUGACCUUCAGUCCUCUGAUGGACACCAAGGAGGACCCACAGGCCAUCAUCAUCUGGGACAUUCUGACUGGACAGAAGAAGAGAGGCUUCCACUGCGAGAGCUCAGCACACUGGCCCAUUUUCAAAUGGAGCCACGAUGGGAAGUUCUUUGCCAGGAUGACCACAGACACUCUGAGCAUCUAUGAGACUCCAUCUAUGGGCCUGCUCGACAAGAAGAGUCUGAAGAUUAACGGGAUCAAGGACUUCUCCUGGUCUCCUGGUGACAACAUCAUAGCAUUCUGGGUACCUGAGGACAAAGACAUCCCAGCCAGAGUGACUCUGAUGCAGCUGCCUUCCCGUCAGGAGAUCCGUGUCCGUAACCUCUUCAACGUCGUCGACUGCAAGCUGCACUGGCAGAGAAACGGGGACUACCUGUGUGUCAAAGUGGACAGGACUCCUAAGGGAACACAGGGUGUGGUCACCAACUUUGAAAUCUUCCGCAUGAGAGAGAAGCAGGUUCCUGUUGAUGUGGUGGAGAUGAAAGAAGGCAUCAUCGCGUUUGCAUGGGAACCCAACGGCAGCAAGUUUGCUGUUCUCCAUGGAGAGGUUCCCAGAAUUAGCGUCUCUUUCUAUCAUGUCAAAAACAACGGCAAGAUCGAGCUGAUAAAGAUGUUUGACAAGCAGCAGGCCAACAGCAUCUUCUGGAGCCCACAGGGACAGUUCUUGGUGCUGGCUGGACUCAGAAGCAUGAACGGAGCUCUGGCCUUUGUGGACACGUCAGACUGCACCUUGAUGAACAUAGCCGAGCACUACAUGGCCUCUGACGUGGAGUGGGACCCGACCGGUCGCUACAUUGUCACCUCCGUCUCCUGGUGGAGUCACAAGGUGGACAAUGCGUACUGGCUGUGGACGUUCCAGGGCCGUCUUCUGCAGAAGAACAACAAAGACCGGUUCUGUCAGCUACUCUGGAGACCCAGACCUCCAACCCUGCUCAGCAUGGACCAGAUCAAGUUGAUCAAGAAGGAUCUCAAGAAGUACUCAAAGAUCUUUGAGCAGAAGGAUCGUCUGAGCCAGUCCAAGGCUUCCAAGGAGCUGGUGGACAAGCGCAGGUCCAUGAUGGAGGACUACCGUCGCUACAGGGAGGCGGCGCAGCAGACCCAUCUGGAGCAGAAGAGCCUCCGCCUGGAGCUUAGAGGAGGAGUGGAAUCUGAUGAACUGGACUGCAACGUGGAAGACUGGGAGGAGGAGACCAUUGAGUUUUUUAUCAACGAAGAAAUCAUUCCCCUUGGAGAUCUGUAGUCCCCUACGCAGUCCAUCCGUUUUUGUGUGGAAGGAGGAUAGAAGAACUGCGUCAUUGAUUGGAGAAGGACGACGACCACGCUGUGAAUCUUGAGGUUCAACAUCACGAGCCUCAAAAUUUAACUCUAGUGACAUCAUCAAAGCACGCCUUACUGAUCAGCCGUCACAUCGAAGGACGAGAGAAAAUACUUUGAGUUGAAUAUUUUCUCUUUGCUUCCUCGCCAUCACCCGCCCCAAUUUGUUACUUCUCUGUGGAACUUGGCAUUUAGUAAUACUGCCUUCUUUUUCUAUUCAUUACUGGAGCUACUAACUAAUCUGUUAUUGGACCUUCUUAAUCCGGGGUUUGUCUUUGAACUAGCCUCGCCAUGCUAGUGUGUCAUCACAGGGCAGCGCAGAGUGCCAUACCAGUCGGGGUUGGAGGUGUUGUGAUCAAACAAGUAGCCUUGUUAAUAAAUGUGCUGAUGUGGCGCUAUAGUGGCCUGUAUCCUCCUCCUUUCAGACUCAGCUUUCACACAGGGAGGGGGCGCGCAGUGGGAAUAACUUUAAAUAAACAUUCAAACACAAUACUA